UUUAUCUGGGUCACAUCUGUCUGCACAGGAUGGAGGCAGAUCACUAGCCCUUGGUCUCUGUAGGUAGGGGCAGCUGCCUCCCUCACAGGACUCCCCUGGGAUUCAUGAGGGCUUCCCACCUCUUCCAGCAGUGGGGAAGCCUGAGCUCUGGGGAAUUGAGGCUGCGAGGACCCUUCUCUCCAGUGCUCCCAAUCCGCUUUUACCGGGAGAAACCCCCUGCCCCCUUGCCCCAUGCCUCCCAAGCCCCAAUCCCCCACUCUGUGCACAUGCUCAGUACAUUCAGUGCGCUGCGUUCCGCUGGCUUGAAGCCAUGGCAACCUGCUUGGCAACCUGGAGUCAGUUGGGCUGAGGCCCUGCGCUCCAACUGUCAGAAGGGGAAGGCUGAGGUGGAAGAGUUUGGGGCUGUGUUGGAGAGAUGGGGGGCCCUGCUGGUGGAAUUCGAGGUUCCCCUCAUCACAGACCCAAAGCUGCCAGCCCAGCGGCAGAACGUGGUUUUAGAAGAUGAUGUCAUUCAGUUCUUGCCAUCCGUGGAAUGCUCGCUGCGACCUGGGGACAAAGUGCUUGCCCUCUGUGAGCCAGAUGAACAGCGGUAUGGCCCUGGCACCGUUCUCUUGGCCUCGGAGGCAAGAGACCCCCAGAGAGCAUCAAAAGGAGAAAUUAAUGUUCACUUCUGGAAUGGCAAGACAGCUACUGUGCCUCGAGGCGGGGUCAGGUGGGUGCCCUCGGCUGUCUGGAAGAAGGCUGUGGAGAGGCUGCACAAGCCUUUCACCACGGAGCCCCCCAGCACCCUUCUCCAGGCCCCUUGCUGCUGUCUGCUGGGACAAGCCACGGGGGGUUUUUCCAACGGGCUUUUUCUGGGCACUCCAUCCCUGUGUCUUCCCUGCGUCCCUCAGGCCUGCUGCCAACUGCUAUGCCAGGGCUGCCUCUGCUCUUGCCCCUUGGCUGGACCUACAUGGUGGCCUCUAGCCAGGGCCUCAGGGGUCACAGCCAAAGAACAUCCAGAGGUGGAACUGAAGCCCAUGGCACAGCAUUUGCCCCUAGACAGUCCCAGAGAAGAAGAAGGAGCAGUGCAAGCUCCCCUGGGUGUUUCUUCUUCUUCCUCUUCCUCUGAAGAGGAUUUGGAGAAUGAUCUGCAGAUGGGCCUCCCCCAGAGGCUGAAGGUGGACAGCACAGUCAACACAGACCCCAUCCUUCUUGAGAAGUCUCCGAGGAGAAAAGGUGGCCUCUGCCAGCCCGAAUGGAGGUACUGGAGGAGAAACAGGUCUGAGUCGCAUCCUGGGAAGCCAGGAACAAGACAUGGAUCCAUCUGGAGAGAAAAGAGGGACAACAAACAACCAAGGGUACAGAGUGUAGUGCUGGAGAAUACCAAGGAGCUGGUCCUGGAAGCAAGUGGCAUGAAGCCACCACGGAUCCUGCCAGAGGACGGUGAACACAGAAAAUGGAGUCAGGGAACAGUGACACAGCAGAAGGAUGGCCUCAGACUGAAAGCCCAGAGCAGCCAGGAAGGUAAAAGAGCAGUGGUGAUAACUACCUGAGGAGGUGCUGCUAAGUGGCCACCAAGUCCUCCUGUGAGGGCUGGGGGCAGAGCGCAGGCCACACGUGACUGGCCCAGGAGCAGUGGUGUCCUCAUGCACUAGAUGUGGCCGCAGAUGAGUGGCGCAAAGGCACGUGCGGGGCGGCGGUGGGGGGGCGUUUGGGGGACCUGCUCAAGAGCGCCUCUUCCGCAGACGCACCAGGACAUGGCUUUGGGCAAAUGUGUCCACAGCCUCUC